AUGAUGAACCUCCUCAGUUUCACCACUCUUAAAGAAGAGUUCUCUCUGGAGACACGUUCAUUAAGAGUUCAUCAUAAAGCAAUUGAUAUCUUGCCAUCAUCAUCAUUUAUGGCUUCCUUUUGGUCAUUCUUGGUAAUGCUGAUGGCCUUAAUGGCAUGCAAUUGUUCAUUGGCCUUGGCUUCUCGACAAAACAUGCAUGUUUCCACCAUCUCAGCAGCACCAACAACACUACCAGGUGCCCCUUUGUACUUCUCUCCUACCAUGUCACCAGAUAUUGAGCCUUUGUUUCCAACCCCUGGAGGUGCUGCUUUCUCUCCUUCAGAGUCCUCAAUACCCACAAUUCCUUCAAGCCCCAGCCCUCCCAAUCCAGAUGUCACCAAUAAUCCAGGCUCAGUUUUGGCUUUUCCACCUUCAGAGUCUAUGCCUGCUUUGGCCCCAUCUUCCCAGGGUGUAUCUCUGCCUCUUUAUUCAGUUUUACAUCUUCCAAUUUUGGUAAUUUGUAUAAUGCAGCUUUAUGGCAUGUGA